AUGAAUUGGUCUCUGGGUCCGCUAACCGCGGGCUUGGCCCUCCUGGCUGUAUCAGCCGUCGCGGCACUGGAGCAACCUUCCCUCUCCACACACCAGGGGCCCGCGCCUUUCUUCCCGCCGCUAAUCGACGCGGCUCUUACAGACCUUUCCGAUGGUCUCGAGAGUGGCGCGUUCACUAGUGUGGACCUUGUUCACGCCUACAUCGCCCGCAUCAAGGAAACAAACGACGUCCUUCACGCCGUCACAGAAAUCAACCCCGAUGCCCUCAGUAUCGCCGCGUCCCUAGACGGAGCCCGCCGAGAUGGUCAUGUCUUUGGCCCCUUGCACGGCAUACCUGUUCUUAUCAAGAACAACAUUGCUACGUCCGAUAAAAUGAACAACACAGCCGGCUCAUACGCCCUCCUCGGCGCAACCGUGCCGUAUGAUAGUACAGUUGCUGCAAAGCUGCGCAAAGCGGGGGCGAUCAUCUUAGGGAAAUCAAAUCUCAGCCAGUGGUCAGAUGCGAGAAGUCUGAACACCAGCAGUGGGUGGUCGGCGCAUGGCGGACAGACGCACGGCGCUUAUUAUCCAGACCAAGACCCGUGCGGCUCUUCCGCUGGGAGUGGCGUCGCAACGUCUCUCGGAUUGGCAUGGGCUACACUAGGGACGGAAACCUCAGGCUCAAUACAGUGCCCAGCAUGCGUCAAUAACGUCGUCGGAAUGAAGGACGCAGCUUUCCUGCUCAGUGCUAUUGUGGGCAAAGACAGUUUGGACAACUAUACCUCGGCCAUUCCAUUUGACACCGACGAGUUUCCUGAUUAUGUCUCGGCGUGCCAGCUUUCCGCGUUACACGGCAAGCGUGUUGGUGUCACUCGCGGCGUCAUCGACAUGAAUGAGGUCGGAGUGCCUGAAGAAGCCGGCGGACCCCUGAUAACCGCCUUCAACGAGUCUCUGGAUAUAAUUCGAUCCACUGGUGCAACGGUCGUGGAUGGUAUUUUCCUCCCCGGCUGGAAAGAAUUCGUGGAGCACAAGUACAUGUCAAGAGAUCUACGUGCGGACCUUCUCACGGAUAUUCCCCGGUACCUCUCCCACCUCAACAAAAACCCAAAUAACAUGUCAUCACUGAGUGAUAUCUCGAAUUUCACUCAUCAUUAUCAGCGCGAAGAUUAUCCGACACGUGACACAGUCGUAUUCGAUCUCGCACUCGAGGAUGGCAGGAACAAUACUCACCCUGACGUUUGGUUCAAUCGCACGCUCGGUCUGCGGUUGGCCGGGACUAUGGGGAUCUUGGGCGCGAUGAAGAACCACUCACUUGAUGCCAUCGUAUUGCCCACGUACUUCGCGUCAUACCCGCCAGCCAUGUUAGGUACUCCAGCUGUGACUGUGCCGCUGGGUCGGUAUCCGGAUGACAUGCCGAUCGUCAAGAACGAGUUCGGGAACCUGGUGCAGCUCGGGCCGAACGUGCCUUUCGGCAUCAGCUUCCUAGGAGAGAGCUUUUCCGAGGAGAAGCUGAUCGGAAUGGCUUAUGCAUUCGAACAGAGGACGAUGGUGAGACAAAAAGUGCGUCCGUACUUGCGUCCCAAGACGGAGAUUCGGGACGUCGUCCAGGCCCGGUUGGAAUCGGUCGAGUUGGAAUUACAAGGAAACCGGAGCAUGGCCGAUGAAAGCAUCACCAACCGUGGAAGCCGUGAGAUCACCAGACCCGGCUUCGCCCUCCUGGCCUCUUCAGGAAGACCACCAACCUCCGAACCAACUUCCACCCAGGCCAAAGAAUGGAAGAUCACCCAGUCAUCUCUCCGAGUUCUCCUCAUCGCCGCUAUUAUCAUCCUCCUAGCGUACUACGAUAGGAAAACCAUGCCCGAGUGGCCGUUCGACAUCAGCCUCAGCACUGCGAUCAACUUGCUGUCCACAUUCCUGCGAGCAGCUUUGAUAGCAGCCGUGGCUGAGAUUGUUGGUCAGAUCAAGUGGACAUGGUUUACAGAACGUACACGACCCUUGCAUCACCUACAAGACUUCGACUCCGCCUCACGGUCCGUUCUUGGGAGCCUGCGGUUGUUGGCGGUGGUGAUGUGGAACUUUGGAUGGACUUCUGCCGGCCUCCUGGGUAUCGGGGCUGCGCUGGUCACCAUUGCAAGCCUGGCAGUGGGUCCCUUCACUCAGCAGGCAUUGAAGACCACCACGUGCCCAACAUUGCUGCCGAAUGCGAGAGCCGAGAUACCAACUGCAAAUUACGCCCCAGGAAGGUCAUCCUACUAUCGGAUCGGAGCUGGUCAGUUCGAAGUCGAGACCGACAUGAAAGGUGCUAUGAUCCAGGGAUUGACGAAUCCCGAUGGCAAGGACAACGAAGUCGAGGUCUCCUGUGCCAGCUCGAAUUGUACAUGGGAGGACUACGGCACCGGUACAACCCAUGCGAGCAUUGGACUUUGCAGCGCGUGUCUGGAUACCACUCAGUAUGUCAGUGGGCCUGACAAGGGUAGCAACCUGACCAUCCCAGAUUACGAGGCCUUCAUCAACUACGGUCCUGGCGGACAGUACAUGUGGGUUGGCUAUAGUAACCUCACCUGGGCAUCCGACCUCUUCAGUGAGGAAUUCGCCACGGCAUCCAGUGUCGCCAUCAGCAACUUCAGCAUGCUGCUGUCCACGACUUCUCCUUGCACAAAGAGAAAGAACUCGGGCUUCUACGACUGCCCACACAAGAUCUCACAGUCUGGUAAUCAGUACUUCGACGGUCUCGGCGACUAUAUUGCCGCAUCCUGCACGCUUUACCCAUGUAUGAAGGAAUACAGGGGAAGCUAUACAGGAGGCAAAUACACCGAGGAGAUUGUUCGCACCAAACCAGCGCUUCAGAACGAGCAGGAGACAACCGAGUACACCUUCACAUACAACUAUACCGCAAUGCGCUCCCCUUGCAUCCUCGACGACGGCGACUAUUUCACUGACACGUCCAACACAACUCUGGCCUCCCAUGUAAUGAACGCCAGCACCUGGUAUAUGCCGAACAACAUGUCGACCGCGCCACACAUCCCAGGCCGAACCUGGGCAAACAUAACGCUAACAAACCAACUGGACAACACCGUCAGCAACACCAGCGUGCCCAACGCCUGCCUGUACAAGAUGAGCGGCACCUACGCGUCAGCGCUGAGCAGCCAGAUGGGCUCCAUCUUCUCGGCGGACUGCUCCUACGACAACUCCCAGGCGGGCCACAUCAACUGCGGCGACUCGUGGUGGCUCGCGCCGCUGUGGGGCCAGAUGAACGCCACCUUCGAGUCCCUCGAGGGCGCCGUCGACGACUUCGCCACCACCGUCACCAACAAGCUGCGCAUGACGGGCAACGGGCCGGACGUCAAGAUCGGCGACACCCCGAGGCGCUCCUCGACCCUGGGGCUGGUGUACGAGACCAGCACCUGCACGUACUUCGACCAGCGCUGGGUCUCCCUGCCCAUCAUCCUCGUGCUCAUCUGCGCUGUGCUCCUCCUGUGGAUAAUCGUUAAAAAUUACACCGACCCGGACCAGCCGGUGUGGAAAGGCAGCGUGCUGCCUCUAAUGUUCUUUGGGCUGCACGGCCCGCCAGGGCCGGUGCACAAUGGGAGGGAGGGGGAACCGCUCGAUAGGAGUGCCACGUUCGUGAGAAACAACGGCCGCGCGGCCCCUGAGUUGGGCAGGAUUCAAGACGAGGCCGGCCGCAUGUGGGUGCGAUUCCAUGGUGGAAAGGACCCGGGUUUCGUCGAUCUGGGCUCAGGGAAGAACCAACGGGACGCGGAGGCGAGCCUCUCGUCGUUGCUGGGGGCCCAGGGACAGCCAAAGAGAUAG